GAAACAGUGAAACUGAAACCAAACCGCCAUAUGUUGCAACUCCAAAACUGAAGCUAAUUCAAUUCUUACGCUGCUUUCUUAUCACACAAAAAUCGAAACUUCUCUUUAUGAUCCCGCCAAAAGUAUAAACAAGAAUCCAACUUACAAAGAUAAGUGCAUUGUGACAGAGAAUAUGGAACCGAAGCAAGAGACAGUGAAGAACAAUGAUGAUGGGGUUUCGGAGGAUCUGACUCUGAAUCAGGACGAAGAUGAGUUCGAUUCCAAGGAGAGGGUGCUCCACAAGUACUUCCUCCAAGAGUGGAAGCUCCUCAAGUCACUCCUUGACGACACCGUUUCAAAUGGCCGUGUCUCUGAUCCUUCAUCUGUUCACAAAUUCAGAUCCAUUAUAGACAAGUAUCAAGAGCAGGGCCAACUUAUAGAACCUUACCUGGAAAGUAUGGUUUCUCCACUGAUGAACAUUAUUCGUUCCAGAACAAUUGAACUCGGGGUAGCUUCUGAUGAAAUUCUUGAAAUAAUCAAGCCGAUAUGCAUCAUUAUAUAUUCACUAGUCACAGUUUGUGGAUACAAGGCUGUGAUUAAGUUCUUUCCCCAUCAAGUUUCGGAUUUGGAACUUGCUGUAUCUCUAUUGGAGAAGUGUCAUCUUACAAGUUCUGGAACAGCACUGAGGCAGGAAAGCACAGGAGAGAUGGAAGCUAAGUGUGUGAUGCUACUAUGGCUUUAUAUACUUGUAUUGGUGCCUUUUGACAUCUCCACCAUUGACACCAGCAUUGCCAACAAUGAAAAUCUCAAUGAAUUUGAGCUUGCCCCUCUUGUGUUGAGAAUAAUAGGGUUCUGUAAGGAUUACCUUGCAACUGCUGGUCCCAUGCGUACUAUGGCUGGACUAGUGCUCUCAAGGCUACUUACUCGGCCAGAUAUGCCAAAAGCCUUUACAAGCUUUGUUGAGUGGACCCAUGAGGUCAUGUCUUCUGUAACCGAAGAUAUACUCCAUCAUUUCCAAUUACUUGGCGCCGUUGAAGCAAUGGCUGCUAUUUUCAAGGCUGGCAGCCGGAAUCUCUUAUUUAAUGUAAUCCCCGUUGUUUGGAAGGACACUUCAAUAUUGUAUAAGUCUUCAACUGCAGCUCGAAGCCCUUUACUUCGCAAGUUUAUAAUGAAGUUAACCCAACGGAUUGGGCUCACUGCCCUUCCUCAUCGGUUGCCCUCAUGGCGAUAUACGGGAAGGACUACCAAACUAAAUGUUUCUCUGAAUACAUCCAUUUCAAUUGAUCAGUCCAAUAUGGCUGCGUAUGGCAACUCCUACAAAUCAAAUGAAGUUAUAGAUGGGGCAGAAGAUGAAGAUAUGGAGGUUCCAGAAAAUGUUGAAGAGAUUAUUGAGAUGUUGCUAUCUGGUUUAAGGGAUAUGGAUACCAUUGUCCGCUGGUCUGCAGCUAAAGGCAUUGGGCGUAUAACUUCACGAUUGACAUCAUCUCUUUCUGAGGAGGUUUUAUCAUCUGUUUUGGAGCUAUUUUCACCUGGUGAGGGUGAUGGUUCCUGGCAUGGAGGCUGUUUAGCUUUAGCUGAACUUGCUCGUCGAGGCCUUCUCUUGCCUAUUAGUCUUCCUAAAGUUGUUCCUGUUGUUGUGAAGGCGCUACACUAUGAUGUUCGGAGAGGUCCACACAGUGUUGGUUCUCAUGUACGUGAUGCAGCUGCAUAUGUUUGUUGGGCAUUUGGGCGUUCAUAUUAUCAUGCAGAUAUGAGGAGCAUCUUAGAACACCUUGCCCCACACCUCCUUACAGUGGCAUGCUAUGACCGUGAGGUUAACUGCAGAAGAGCAGCAGCAGCUGCUUUUCAGGAGAAUGUUGGACGGCAAGGGAAUUAUCCACAUGGCAUUGACAUAGUGAAUACUGCAGAUUAUUUCUCACUUUCUUCUCGAGUACACUCCUAUCUUCAUGUUGCCGUCUUCAUUGCUCAGUAUGAAGGAUAUCUUCUUCCGUUCGUGGAUGACCUGCUGGAUAGAAAAAUUUGCCACUGGGAUAAAAGCUUGCGAGAACUUGCUGCAGAGGCUCUUUCUUUUCUUGUAAAAUAUGACCCUCAGUAUUUCGCAAACACUGUCAUGGAAAAGUUAAUUCCUUGGACUCUUUCAUCUGAUUUGUGCAAGCGCCAUGGGGCUACUCUAGCAACUGGGGAGCUGGUUCUGGCUUUACAUCAAUGCAGCUUUGCUCUUCCUUCUGAUAAGCAAAAAACUCUUGCUGGUGUUGUUCCUGCAAUUGAGAAAGCACGGCUUUAUCGUGGAAAGGGAGGAGAGAUAAUGCGUUCAGCUGUUUCUAGAUUUAUUGAAUGUAUUUCCAUAUCUAAAGUAGCUUUAUCAGAAAAGAUAAAGAGAAGCUUGCUUGAUACUCUGAAUGAGAAUCUAAGACAUCCUAAUUCUCAGAUACAGAAUGCCGCUGUUAAAGCCCUUAAACAUUUUAUCCUGGCGUACUUACUUGCUUCAGAUAAUAAAGGUACAAGUGAUGUGACAGCAAAGUACCUCAAUAUGCUGACCGAUCCAAACGUAGCUGUAAGGAGAGGAUCUGCAUUGGCAAUUGGUGUUUUGCCAUAUGAGUUAUUGGCUGGCCAGUGGAGAAAUGUGGUUUUGAAGCUUUGUAGCUGUUGUGCAAUUGAGAAAAACCCUGAAGACAGAGAUGCUGAAGCACGUGUAAAUGCUGUCAGAGGGCUCAUAUCAAUAUGUGAAACAUUAAUUAGUGGAAGAGAAGAUGCUGCAACAUCUCUUAUUGAGAAUGAUAUUUCUCUGUCUGUUCUAAUAAAGAAUGAGGUGAUGAUGAGUUUAUUUAAAGCUCUUGAUGACUAUUCUGUUGAUAACCGAGGUGAUGUUGGUUCUUGGGUUCGUGAGGCUGCGUUAGAUGGCCUUGAAAAAUGUACAUAUAUGCUUUGUAAGAUAGAUAAGUCAGCCUCUUUGUCUGGAACAUCAGAUGGAAAGGAAAUUGAAUCUUUAGUGCAGCCUUUAAAUGAUAACUUGCCUAAGAACAACCAAGAGCUUUUAUUAUUUGAUGAAAAUCUUGCUACCAGUUUAAUCAGAGGAAUUUGUAAGCAAGCCGUAGAGAAGAUGGAUAAGUUGAGAGAAGCAGCUGCAAAUGUUCUCCACAGAAUUUUGUAUAACCAGAUUAUAUAUAUUCCAUAUAUACCUUUUCGAGAAAAGUUAGAAGAAAUCAUUUCUAAGGAAGCAGAACCAAAAUGGGCCGUCCCUUCCUACUCUUAUCCAUGCUUUGUUCAGUUACUUCAAUUUGGUUGUUAUAGCAGAGAUGUGCUAUCUGGAUUGGUUAUCUCUAUUGGAGGGUUGCAAGAUUCUUUGAAGAAGAUAUCGCUCUCAGCACUAUUGGAGUAUCUAGAAGGGGUUGAAUCUGAAGAACAUAAUACAAGGAUGUCCAGGGAGUACAUGCUAUCUGUUGACAUCCUGUGGGUUCUCCAACAAUAUGAGAAAUGUGAUAGAGUUAUCAUACCAUCUUUAAAGACCAUUGAGACUCUACUCAGCAAAAAGGUAUUCCUUAACAUGGAGGCCAACACUCCAACUUUUUGUGCUGGAGUUCUGGAUUCUCUUGCAAUCGAAUUGAAGGGAUCCAGAGACUUCUCUAAGUUGUAUGCUGGUAUUGCAAUACUUGGUUAUGUAGCUUCAGUACUGGAACCAAUCAAUAUGAGGGCCUUUUCUCAACUUGUUUCUUUUCUUGUGCAUCGGUACCCUAAGAUUCGAAAAGCAGCAGCUGAACAGGCGUACCUUGUCCUGCUACAAAAUGGGAAUCUUGUAGCUCAAGACAAGAUUGAGAGAGCACUCGAAAUCAUAUGCGACACUUGCUGGGAUGGCGACAUGGAUCUAGCAAAACAGGAAAGAGUAGCAUUAUGUGAGACCGUAGGUUUGGAGGUGGGGCCAAUUGGUAAGAACACUGAUGGAGCAUCAAGAAAAACCAGCACUAAGAAGCCCACAAACUUGGAUGAGAAUGCAUCAUAUUCCUCAUUGGUUGAGUCAUCUGGCUUCUGAUUUACUUAUUUAUUUUUGGUCCCAUCCCAGAUUUUCUUUUGUACAAUGUAACUUGCUAGUGUUGAUAUGAAAUUUUCUUGUCAAUUGGUCAUUUUUCCUGUUAUAUUAAAACGUACUACUCAAUUUGUUGUGCAUUGUAUGUCUUACUGUAAAACUCUACAGAAAUGAUGAUUUCGUUUUGCUCA